AUGGUAAGGGUCCGGCCUCUGGGAGCGGCCCAGCCCAGUCUGAAGGGAACAGGUCUACCCGGCAGGUUUCUGCUGCACGAUCUGCACUUUCACGCGGGUCUAGACGACUCCUGCGGCUCCGAGCACUCCAUGGACGGCAAGGCAUUCGCUAUGGAGGCCCAUUUUGUCCACUACAACGAUCAGUUCAGUAGCUUCGAGGAAGCCAGGACGGAGAGAGACGGCUUGGCCGUCAUCGCAGUCCUCUUCAAGCUGUCCUACGAUAAGUGUCCAGAAUCCCUUCACGCUAUUAUAUCUGCGAUGGACUCAUCCGAAAGGAGCAAGGAUGCUCCGCUCUUUUUGAGCCAUAUGCUUCCCGGCAUCCCUCCGACGUCGUACUUCCUCUACUCCGGAUCCCUAACGUCGCCUCCGUACACCGAGAACGUGACCUGGGUGGUGUGCACGCAAGCCCUUGACGUCACCUCAGCCGCGCUUGCAAGGUUUCGGGAGACCGCGUCCGCGAACAGCAAGGGCAACAUCCGGCCGACGCAACCGAUCGGCGACCGAAAAGUGAUCCUGUGUACCUGAUUAGGGAGCACGGCGGCAUAUGUUCGAGUCCCGACGCUCGCAUAUCCUUCUUGGUUGUUUAAAAUUAAAGCUCAC